AUGACCACUUUGUCUCCGUUCCCAAAAUCAACACAAGAGUCCUAUUAUUUUGCAACUAGAAAUCUCAAUCUGAUUUACAUCUAUUCCUUUCUAACACCAAACUUAUGGACUGUGGUCCAAUUCUGCCCCCAAGCUGCAGCAAGACAGAUAUCAAGGUUAUCCAUUCGUCAGUUAUCACAGACUAGACUCAAGUUCCCUGUUACAGUCUCAAGUUCAUUGCAGUCAAGAAAUAAAACGCUCUUUUUGCAAGGAGACACUUCAACGGAAUACACUGUCAGGGGUUACUGUUCUACUGAAAUAGACCAGGCAACUUAUGAACACGUGAGUGAUGAAACUCUGGAAUCCUUGACAGAAUACUUAGAAGAGCUGGUUGAGAGUGACUGUGCUCCUGUAGAUUCUGAUGUAACCUUUUCUACUGGUGUAUUGACGCUGCAGCUUGGAAGCGCAGGAACAUAUGUCAUUAACAAACAAACCCCGAAUAAGCAGAUCUGGCUCUCAUCCCCCACAAGCGGGCCCAAGAGAUAUGACUUUAUUAAUGGCACUUGGGUGUACCGCCACACAGGAAUCACUUUGCAUGAUCUGCUAACUGAAGAAUUGUCACCAGUGUUUCAAAUGGAAACAGACUUUUCCAAGUGUGCCUAUGGAAGAAAUGAAUCUGAUGAUUAA